CGUAGCCACACCCUUUCCGCGCUCAGCACGCCUGAACCCCGCGAACCGGAGCGGCGGCGGCGGCGGCGGCGGCGGCGGCCAAGCCCGGGAGGCGGAGGCGGGACGCGGGAGGCGGUGGCGACGGUGGCGGCGGUGCGCGGAGACGUAGCAGCGGCAGCAUGUCGGCCGGCGGAGCGGCAGUCCCGCCGCCCCCGAACCCUGCCGUGUCCUUCCCGGCGCCCCGGAUCACCCUGCCGGCUGGCCCUGACAUCCUGAGGACCUACUCGGGAGCUUUCGUCUGCCUGGAGAUUGUACUUGGGGGACUUGUCUGGAUUUUGGUCGCUUCUUCCAAUGUUCCUCUACCUCUGCUGCAAGGAUGGGUCAUGUUUGUAUCUGUGACAGCUUUCUUCUUUUCGCUUCUCUUCCUGGGUUUGUUCCUCUCUGGUAUGGUGACUCAGAUUGAUGCCAACUGGAACUUUCUGGAUUUUGCCUACCAUUUCAUAGUCUUUGUCUUCUACUUCGGCGCCUUUUUAUUGGAAGCAGCGGCCACCUCCCUGCAUGACCUGCAAUGCAACACUACGAUGGUUGUGAAGCCGCUACUGAACGAUAACCAGUACAACAUCAACGUGGCUGCCACAGUUUUCGCCUUUAUGACCACGGCUUGUUAUGGUUGCAGUUUGUGUCUGGCUUUGCGAAGAUGGCGACCGUAACACUCCUUGGAAACCGACAGUUGUGUGCUAGUUUCAUUUGUCUGCUUUACAUGUCUGAUCACUUGGGCACCAUUUGUCCCAAUGUAACAUUCCAAACAUCAUUUGCUUAGUACAGAGAGAACCUCAGUGAAACCAAGUUUGUUACAUGGGCGGGAUUUUCAUUUUGUUCUAAUGUUAGAAAAGUAUACUUUUGUUUUUUCAUCUCUUUUCUUUUUAAAUACAUUUCCCUUGUAUAUUCUUAAAAUAUACAGGCACUGUUCACAAAACAAUAGUAUUCCUUUUUUUUUAUGAUUUUGGUUAAGUCACCCAAACCUUAAUAAUAGUAAAAACUAAAACAUCUCAAGCAGACUUCUCAUUUAAUUCUAUCUUUAAUGUAAAACAGGAAAUGAUACACUUUUUUUUAACCAAAAGACCAGGCAGCACCUGCAUAGGCUUUAAUAAGCCUUAUUAUAGCUUCUGGGGCAGUUGUUCCAUCCUGUGGUAACAAAAGCAGCUGCAGAUAACAUGUAAAUAAAUGUCUAUCCUAAUAAAGCUUUAUUUACAAAAAGGGAUCGAAACUGGAUGGUCUGCAGACCACAACUUUAUCAACUACUGCCAUAAAAACCUUAGGUGUUUUGCAUUCUACUGAACCAAUCAUGAAAGUUUAUCAACCUCACUAGAAAAGCCACGUAACAUAUUUUGUUUUGUUAUGCAACAAUCACAUUGCCUUUGUGUAAUAGUCAAAUAUUACCCUUGGAAGGGCAUAUAGUUUCUCAAGCUAACCCCGGCAGAGCCUUGGAUGUAUAGCAAAAUAAGGUAGUAAAUAAACUCCAAACUAAUGAUUUCCUAACAGCUCAGCAAGGCACUCACACGAGAGUGCUUAAAACAUGAUCCCCAGAGGCAAUUAAUCACUACUGGAUCUAGUAUCUUGCUACUGAUGUCUAACAUUGGUUUAUUUAUGCCAUAGACUGUGGUUGUUUGCCCUGUGCAUGAACAUAUAAAUAUUUAUGUGUGUAAAGCUUUUCCAGAUAGCUCUCUGAAGAGUUGAACUUUUAACUUCUGAUUGUUUUUGCAUUGCUAUCUGAACUAAAUUUGAGUAACAUCAGCUAUAACAUAAAGCUAUAGAUUCUUACAUGCUUUGAUAAUAUCCCAGAUAUCUAUGUUGUUUUUACAUUGUGUCAAACAGGCAAAGGAAAUUUAGCAGAACAGCUAACACAAAAACGAGAUCUAGCUGAAUAGGACACAAUCCUAGUCCACCUAUAUGUGUCAUGGGCUUGGCAACAUAACACGACUGGCCACAGUUCCUACAGCAUUCUCAGACAGGGGACGUCCCUAUUGUUUUAACAGGGCUGCCUCUGGAAAUGGAGGCUUGACAAUUGCUUUCUAGCUGACUCAUCACCUAAGAGUGCCAUGCAUGGUUGGGGUAUUGGACUCCCUGGAACACAGUGAAAAACAUGAAUGAAUAACAUAACCAAUGCCCAGUGAUCAAGUGCUGUUUAUCUAAUACUCCUCCAGAAGAAGAACCAACUAGAAGCUCAGUUUGUAACACAGCUGAAGAAGAGAUAUAUUUCUAUAUGUUGCGUGAUGAAACCAGUCUUAUGGCCUUACACUCAUGUCUUAUCUCUUCUAAAAUGCCUGACUUCCUUCAUAUUUUUCCAGCUCCAGACCACACACCUGAAACCUGUAUUAUGAAUACUAUGAAGUCACAAAUGUGCCAUAAAGAUACAUUGUACAUUGUACUUGGAAUCACUAAAGUGUAGUACACUAGAAUUUAGUGGAGGUUUUAUUUUUCCCAAGGUGUAACAGGCCAUGUUCAGUGUGGUAUCAACUAAUUAAUUCAUUCAGAUGUAUUGGUGGGACUUCUAUAAAUGGAUUGCUACUAGAUUAGCAAGGACCAAGCCCAAAGCUGACUGACUGUGAAUACUUAGAACUGGAGAUGAACUACAUUCUACAUUUGUGAGCUGAAUGACAAAGCACUUGAACAGAGAUGAUGGCGUUUAAGAUUCUCGUUAUGUAUCUUAGCUAUAAAAAUGAAAAAGUGUUGGUUGGUCUUAAAAUCUGAUAAAUUUAUUUUAUAAGUGUUACAACUCUAAUAAAGUAUUCAUUUGAUAA